GAGGCUCCGCAAAAUGGCCCGCCUCGACCCGGAUCUCCACCAGCAGCCCCGGCUCAGCCGCGCGCAGAAAGCAAAGUCCGGAGGAGGAGGAGGAGGCGGCGCCUGCGAAGCCCGGCCUGCGGGGCGGGGGCGGCUUCUCUCGCUCCCUCGGCGCGCCUCCUUUCGGCCUUCGGCUGCCUUCCCAGCUACUGUGGCUGGGGGGUCCUCUGCCUUCCUCCACGGUCAGGCCGAGCCAAGAUCAUGGUGCCUGAGCUGGAGAAAGCCACUGUCCGGAUGGAAGAUGCUGAACAAGUGAAAAAUAUUAUUUCAAGGCUCAGAAAAGGGGGACCGGACCAACUUCAGGUAAUUUCUGAUUUUGACAUGACUCUCACUCGGUUUGGGUUCAAUGGACAACGCUGCCCCACCUCGCACAAUAUAAUAGAUAACAGCCGGAUCAUCAGUGAAGAAGGCAAGAAAAAGCUAGCAGAUCUGCUCCACUAUUACUAUCCUAUUGAAAUUGACCCCUACCGGAUUGUGGAAGAUAAACUGCCCCUCAUGGUUGAAUGGUGGACCAAGGCCCACAGUGUCCUCUCACAGCAGAAGAUUCUGAAAAGUGACAUCCCCCAGAUGGUGAAAGAAUCAGACGUCAUGCUCAGAGAUGGCAUCAAUGUUUUCUUCGACCAGCUGUACCAGAGCCGGGUUCCCCUGUUCAUCUUCUCUGCCGGGGUGGGCGAUAUUCUGGAGGAGAUCAUCCAUCAGGCUGGCGUCUUCCACCCCAAUGUCAACGUGGUCUCCAACUAUAUGGACUUUGAUGACUGUGGAGUCCUGAGGGGGUUCAAAGAGCCCUUGAUCCACACCUACAACAAGAACAACACCGUUCUGGAGAACACAGACUAUUUCCAGCAGCUAUGCACGAGGACCAACAUCUUACUUCUCGGGGACUCUAUGGGUGACCUCAGUAUGGCCGAUGGGGUUGCCAAUGUAGAGAACAUCCUCCGAGUUGGCUUCCUGAAUGACAGAAUUGAGGAACGUCGAGAAAAGUACGUUGAGGCUUACGAUGUUGUGCUGGAGAAGGACGAGACGAUGGACGUGCCCAAUGGCAUUCUCCGGUUCAUCCUGGCCAAAACCUGAACUUUGCAGCCGAAGACACUCAGAUUACAGUGCAGCCUCUUGUGGAGGGUAGAUGUGCUUUGUGUGUGUGAAAUGAUCUCUAAAGUUUCCUGCUCUAUCUUGGUGUCUUGCAAAUGCACACCAGCUCAACCUUUUUAAAGAAAUGUACAGUCAGUGCCAGGGCGAGGAGAGGAUGUUCCAUUUUUCAACCACUCUGCUCCUUGUUAAAGCUGAAUUCCAGUUUCAAGGAGAUGUGCAGUCAAGUGCUUACUGCAUUUUCGUUCCUUUAAAACUGCAGUCCACACUAACACUGGCUCUGUAAUAACCAUUUUAGAGUUGACUACUCAGUGAUGCCCAGUUUGCAACAAGCCAGCUGCGUGGCCUCUCCCUUGCAUACACAAAACUAAACUGUUUGUAUACCUGUUAGAUUUGCUGUGGUAUGCAGUUGCAGCCAUGGUAAAGACCUUACUUUCACAAGAAUGUAUCUAUUCUAAGAAAGGAUUUCAAAGAACAAUCAGGAAUCUAAUCAGAUAGGAUCUGUCCCUGCUGGUAAAAGGAUAGAGACUUUAUGCAGUUAGGGAGCAUUCAGCCAAUCAAAUUUAAAACAAAUUCUUGUAAAAAGCUAUUAAUCAAAGGUUAAUACUGUUGGGACGGCACAGUUCCUCUGUAGCCACAUGAUUCUUGGUAUUUGAACAUCUUCCUUAGCAGCUCUUCACUUUCAAUUUUUUUCUUGCAUCAUUUCAGCUGUGCAGCUUACAGAUUGUCUCCUACUACUUCUCCUCUACCUAUAUUUUUUUAUCAUGCAUUGCUCCUGAUCUCCUCAGAGCAACGGAAGACAUUAAAAAGGGCAACAAACCUUAGAAAGAUCACUGCAAAGAUUCAUUCUCAAGAGUUUACAGGAUAUCUUUUACACUGUAUUUUGGUUUCACAAAAACGUAAACUGUUAGUUUUCCAAACCAAAUUUAAAGAUAAAUAUUUUUGUCUCGGGAUCCAAACAUGUUGAACUGUUUUGUUCUAGAGAUGGAUAAAGACGAUAAUAAAAGAUUUCCUGCUCUGAAAAAAAA